GAACAACUUGACGCACACGCGCAUAGUCUUUGACGCUCUCUCCCGGCAAAAUGGUGCCACCGUCGUCUCGGACGGAAAUCCUCUCCCUUUUCCGGUCAUUUCUGCGAUCAGCCCGUCAGUUCCCCGACUACAACAUCAGGGAGUAUGCCAAGCGUCGUAUAGUCGACGCUUUUCAUGACAACAAGACUCUAUCAAGCCCUUCCUCCGUCGCCGCCGCCUUCGCCGAUGGCAAGUAUCAGCUGCAGGUUGCCAAAAGACAAGCCCUUGUAUAUUCAUUGUACUCUCCCAAAACUAAAAGCAUCAUGGACAUCAAGUAUUGAUCGAUUUAGAUGAUAUUUCUCUAUAUUGGUUAGGGUCUUAAAACCACUUUAAUGGCCAAGUGAUUUCUAUGUAGAGUUAUUAUUGGGUUUCAGAGUGAUUAAUUAACAACUCUGAAGCUAUAUUUUGUCCCAAUAAGUUGCUUAUGAAGCAUGGAUAUGUGAUAUUGUUCAUGUUUUCUUCAUAGGGUUAUGCCCUAAAUGAAUUAACUACAUGUAAACCUAUGGUAUGCUUUAUGCCCCCAGGGUAGUGUUUGGGAGCUUGAAACUUGUGGUCUGGAAUUGGAGUUCAAAUUCAUCUACUUUAAAUA